CUUUGCAGAUAUCAACAAGCUCUAACAACAACAGUAGUAUUUCUGGGAAUGAUGUUGAGUUCUACAUUUUGGGGCAACAUUAGUGACAGAUAUGGACGGAAAACUGCGCUAAGUAUGUGUGGAGUAUUAUUAUUUUACUAUGGACUUUUAAGUGCUAUAGCUCCUAACUUUCUAUGGCUUUUGUUUUUACGAGGACUUGUUGGAUUUGCAAUAGGAUGUGUUCCACAAUCUGUUACUUUAUAUGCAGAGUUUUUACCAACUAAACAACGGGCCAAAUGUGUUGUCCUUUUAGAUGUAAGUUAUGCUAUUAAAAUGAUCUAGCUUUUUCUAGACUGUUCUUUUUAAUCUGAUUGUCUAACACUAGUUCUGUAAUAGCAACAUAUUGAGAAUAUAGC